UUCUUGCUGCCUGCCCCCUCGCGUGGAUUGAUCGCUGUCGCUGGCUUAGACCUAAGCGCUCUGUACACCGCACGUCCGGCCGUCCCCACGCCUUCACCAUACGCAGCCAAGCAGCUUACUGUUGCUGGUUUGGCUUGCUCAGGCCUAUUCGUUGGACUAAGAGAUCUCGACAACAUGAACCGAAUGAAAGACAAGAACCGUCCUAAAGGAGCUAUGUCGGCUUACGCCUGCUUCGUGCAGGUUAUUCGCGAAGAACACAAGAAAAAACACCCCGGGGAACAAAUUGUGUUCAGUGACUUCUCCAAAAAAUGUGCUGAACGGUGGAAGUUGAUGACUCCCAAGGAGAAAAAACGCUUUGAGGACUUGGCCGCCCUUGACAAGGAGCGUUUCAACCGAGAAAUGAGCGACUAUGUGCCACCAGAAGGAAUGAAAAAAGGGAAAAAGCGAAAAGUGCCCAGAGAUCCUGGUCUUCCCAGACGCGCUUGGUCAGCUUUCUUUUUCUUCUGCGAUGAACACCGUGGCAAAGUGAAGGAAAAUAACCCUGAAUUCAAGGUUGCAGAUGUUGCAAAGGAGCUUGGACGCCAGUGGGAGGCAUGUCAGGACAAAGCCAAGUACGAGCUGUUAGCUCAGCAAGAUAAACAACGUUAUGAAGAAGAUAUGGUGAAAUAUCGGGCUGGUGUUUACGUUCCCGUACAAAAGAAACCUGCUGGAGCGACACCCAAUCCGACCACCUUGGAUCUAACUGAAAACCCGGGUUCAGACUGUAAUCCAACUCCCGGCACAGGAGGAGAUGAAAACGGCGCGGAACUUGAGGAUGAAGAUGAUGGUGAGCCUGAUGAAGUGGAGGAUGAGUAGAUCUCUCGUGAUGCUCCCUCCAUAUUGCAUCAUCCAACUAUCAUUUGUACAGGUUCUUUGCAUUUAAUUACCGACCCCAUUGGCGGUUCUGUGUACGUUCAUCUAUUGUUAUUUUUGUAUCGUUUUAGCACGUUUUGUUUGCGUACAAAUGUUUUAUCCGACUGACUCGAUGCCUCGCUCGCGGCAUGAGAUUUUGAUUUUGUCCUCUGUCAAAUAACUUUAUACUAUCAUUGGAUUUAUCGAACGCGCCCCCGUUCCCUAAAGUACAUGUUUCGUUCGGAGUGGAAAUACAAGAUGUCGU